CGCGUGGGGAGAACACGACAGACCCACAGAGGGGAACGUGACCCCCCCAAAGCAGGGCUGACCCUCGGGGGCGCAUGACCCCUGAGCGGGGCCAGCCCUGCAGCGCGAGCGUCCCAAGCAAGAGCCCUGUGCCAGGCUGAGCCCCGGGCACAGGGCUGAAGUGGCAACGUUUUGUUGCAGUCGACACAGCAGUCCGGGGAGGUCAGUGAUUCCCACGGCAGACAGGGAGCAGUGCCGGCCCGGCCACUGGGCUGCACCACCAUCACCAAACACGGAGGUCCCUGCAAUCUGAGUGACUCUGAGAAACUGGUGAGGCGGGUUUGUGAGGCUUAAGCCCCUCCUGGGGCUCAUCUGGGCUGCAAGUUAAAGAGACGGCAUCUCCCCGAACCAGUCCCCAUCAGAAAGUCUCCUUGCCACUCGCUCCUGCGGCGUCGGCGUCGGUUCAUCUGCCAGCAUUUAGGAGCCCCGGCGUGGCUCCUAUUGCUGCACGUGCCACUGCCGAUGUAUUUCUACGGGGCCCAGCGCUGCAGUGACGGACGGACCUUGAGCUUCCAGAACCAUGAGUGACGGGGACAAGAACCCGGCCAGCACCCCCACGCCGCUGGCCGACGUGCAGGGGGACGGGCGCUGGCUGGCGCUGCACCAUCGCUUCAUCGCGGACAGCAAGGACAAGGAGCCCGAGGUCGUGUUCAUCGGGGACGCCCUGGUGCAGCUGCUCCAGCAGUUUGAGAUCUGGCGCGAGCUCUUCUCCCCGCUGCACGCACUCAACUUCGGCCUGGGGGGCGACGGGACCCAGCACGUGCUCUGGCGGCUGCAGCAGGGCGAGAUGCAGCACAUCCGGCCCAAGAUCGUGGUCGUCUGGGUGGGCACCAAUAACCACGGGCACACGGCCGAGCAGGUGGCGGGCGGCAUCGAGGCCAUUGUCCGGCUCCUGCAGCAGCAGCAGCCGCAGGCGCGCGUGGUGGUGCUGGGCCUGCUGCCCCGCGGCCAGGGCCCCAACCCACUGCGGGAGAGGAACCGGCGGGUGAACGAGCUGCUGCAGGCCCGGCUGCCUCAGCUGCCCAACGCCUGCUUCCUGGACGCUGACCCCGGCUUCGUGCACUCGGACGGCGCCAUCAGCCACCACGACAUGUACGACUACCUGCACCUGAGCCGGCACGGCUACGCCCGCCUGUGCCCGCGGCUGCACGCGCUGCUGCUGCGCCUGCUGGGGGAGCGCCAGGGGGCCGGGCCCUGAGCCGCCGCCGCCGCCGCCGGGGAGCGCCAGGGGGCCGGGCCCUGAGCCGCUGCCGCUGCUGGGGAGC